UGCAAGCAGCUCAUCCCUAUUACCUCGGCGUGCACAUGGCAUUUGUUUUUGUAUUCCGGGCGCGUUGACAGUUUAACGAAAAAAGGAAUAGAUUAGCAAUGGGAGGCCAGGGUAAAAUGAUAAAUCGGAAACGAAAAUUCGAGGGACGCAAGGAAGACGAUCCCGAGUUCGAUUUGGAUAGAAACAACUUUAAGUUGCUGCACGUGAAUACGAAAGAAAAGCGCCUGAUAAUCGUACUAGAAGGCGCGCAACUGGAAACGGUGAAGGUUAACCGGACAUUCGAGCUGCUCAACUGCGAUGACCAUGCGGGCAUUUUGCGCAAAAAUCAGAGAGAACCGGGCACCUGCCGCCCGGACAUCACCCACCAAUGCCUGUUGAUGCUGUUCGAUUCGCCGCUGAAUCGCGCCGGCUUGCUGCAGGUGUUUGUGCGCACCGCACAGAAUGUGAUCAUCGAGAUCAAUCCACAGACACGGAUACCGCGCACAUUCAAACGCUUCGCCGGCCUCAUGGUGCAGCUGCUGCACAAAUUUCAAGUACGCGCCAACGAGACGUCGCGCCGUCUGAUGAGCGUCAUCAAGAAUCCGAUCACAGAUCACUUACCCGUCGGCUGCAAGAAGUAUGCAAUGUCCUACUCCGGCAGGCUGGUGACCAAUUGUCGUGACCUGGUGCCGAAGGGCGAGGAGGGCAGCUCAGCCUAUGAAGAGCCCGUGGUCAUCGUCAUUGGCGCCUUCGCUCACGGCACUCUCAACACUGACUACACAGAGGAGCUCAUCUCCAUCAGCCGGUAUCCGCUGUCGGCAGCCAUUGCCUGCUCCAAGCUCUGCAGCGCCUUUGAAGAGGUAUGGGGCGUGGUCUAGUCCCUCUAGUCUAGCCGCUCUUUAGUUUAACCCUAUUUAGUUUCUUAGCUAAUAUUAUGAAUAUAUAUCCUAUGAGAGAUUUCAAUCAUGCAUAUAUGUACAUAUUUAAAUAUAUACUAUAAUAUAUAUAUAAAUAUUUUUAAAUUUUAUUAAAAGGUUAGAGAUAAUGUGAAAUUCAAACUAACUAAUAGAGUAAAGCAUUGACUGCAGAGGCCUUAUAUAUAAAAAUAUGUAUAUGGAUAUUCCUAGUAAACUCACUGCGACAUAAGAGACGUAAAUCUGUAUAGUUGAGGGUUUAUUUUAUAUAUAACUUUUUCUAUAAUUCAAAAUCUAAUUAUUAGCGCUUUAAAUUUGAAACAAAUGAAAGAAGGCAGCAACAGUUCA